AAACCAAAACAGCUGCUACUGUGCAGUGUGCAAGACAACUGCUGCUGAGUGAUAAGAAAAUAAGCUACCCUGAUAGAUGUAACCCAGGGACAGCUGUUCAAAUGGACAAGAACUGAGACUGAUGAAGAUGUCAUCAGUGGGAAAGAGAGGAAAGCAGAUGGGACAACUGAGGAAAAUAUUAAAAAGGACCAAGGACUCCCAAUGUUAGCUGUAUGAGCACCAACAGAAAAAAGACAGUGCUGUUGAGUCUCAGUGGGGCUGAGCCAAAGUGACCUCGCAAUCGACUGCUAAUACAGCUGUCAUCGCCUGCUGCCUGCCGAGGCCCACCGGGGUGAAGUCAUGGAGUUUGCAGAGCUGAUAAAGACACCCAGGGUGGACGGGGUUGUCUUACAUCGGCCUUUCCUGCCCACUGUGGAGGGGACCCUGUGUCUGACUGGGCAUCACCUGAUUCUCUCCUCCAGACAGGACAACACAGAGGAGCUGUGGCUGCUUCACUCCAACAUUGACUCUAUAGAGAAGAGAUUCGUUGGCUCUUUGGGAACCGUCAUAGUGAAAUGCAAAGACCUGAGGGUGAUCCAGCUCGACAUCCCCGGUAUGGAGGAGUGUCUCAACAUUGCCAGCUCCAUUGAGGCCUUAUCCACGCUCGAUAUAGUCUCCCUGAUGUACCCUUUCUUCUACCGGCCCAUGUUUGAAGUCAUAGAAGACGGCUGGAACUCGUUUCUUCCAGAGGAUGUCUUUAAAGAUUUGGAGUCCAUGACGGAUGAGUGGAGACUGAGCGAGGUCAACAAGGACUGCAACGUGUGUCCGUCAUACCCCCCUCUAGUGGCCGUGCCUAAAGAUGUAGACGACGAGAUACUGAGGAAAGCAGCGACCUUUCGACAUGGUGGGCGCUUUCCUGUGCUGAGCUACUACCACAAGAAGAACGGCAUGGUGAUGAUGCGAGCGGGUCAGCCUCUCUCAGGCACUAACGGCCGCCGCUGCAAGGAAGACGAGAAGCUGAUCAACGCCACUCUGCGGCCAGGAAAACGUGGCUACAUCAUCGACACUCGCACCAUCAACGUCGCUCAGCAGGCCAAAGCUCGAGGCGGAGGGUUUGAGACGGAGGCGAGCUAUCCACAGUGGAGGAGGAUCCACAAGGCGAUCGAGAGGUCUAACAUCCUCCAGGAGAGCCUCAUAAAGCUUGUGGAAGCGUGUAACGACCAGUCGCACAGCAUGGACCGCUGGUUAAGUAAGCUAGAGGCUUCAAACUGGCAGACUCACGUCAAGGAGAUUCUCACCACGGCCUGCCUGGCUGCUCAGUGUAUCGACAGAGAGGGAGCGUCGGUGCUGGUUCACGGCACAGAGGGCACAGACUCCACCCUGCAGGUCACCUCCCUGGCUCAGAUCAUCCUCGACCCGGCCUGUAGGACCAUCAGAGGCUUCCAGGGUCUGGUGGAGCGAGAGUGGCUCCAGGCGGGUCACCCGUUUCAUCAGCGCUGCGCUCAGUCGGCUUACUCCAACAGCAAGCCUCGACAAGAGGCCCCGGUCUUCCUGCUCUUCUUGGACUGCGUGUGGCAGAUCCUUCGCCAGUUCCCCUGCUCCUUUGAGUUCAGCGAGAGCUUCCUGGUGCUUCUGUUUGAACACGCCUACGCGUCUCAGUUUGGCACCUUCUUGGCCAACAGCACAGCAGAGAGAACCAAACUGUCCCUUCCAGAGAAGACUGUGUCCCUCUGGUCGUGGGUGAAUCGGCCCCAGGAGCUCGAGCGCCUGACCAACCCGCUGUACGAGGCCAACAGUCUGGUGAUCUGGCCGUCUGUGGCUCCUCAGAGUCUGCUGCUGUGGGAAGGUGUGUUCCUUCGCUGGAACCGCUCCUCCAAGUGUCUGGACGAGGCCUACGAGGAAAUGGUUCACAUAAUCGAGUACAACAAGGAACUUCAGAGCAAAGUGAACAGCCUGCGCAGGCAGCUGGCUGAACUGGAAACUGAAGAUCCUCUGCUUCAGACGCCGUAGAGAAAGAGAGAUGGAGAGAGAAAGAGGACGUUGAGAGAGGAGAGGAGCAGGAAUAAAGAGGUAGAAAGUGUGAGAAUGUGACUACAUAGAAAACAGAUCAAUGCCAGCCCGGUUUGAGGCUUUGAUUAGGCUUACAUUUUCUUGGAUUGACGAUCCAAUAGUUCUUAUUUUCCAAUAAGUAAAUCAUUUUUGUUAAAUUUGAGUUUCCUGCAGAGACAGAAAAAGGAAUUGUAUGACUAAAAAUCAAUCUCUUUCACACACUGAUGAUUUAUAGUAACAACACAAACAGCUGUUAAUUGCACCCCUGCUCCCAGUAUAUGAUAUAAAUCACUCAAACAUCACCAAACACCAAAUUAAUUUCAAUUAUAAUUUCUCAAGCAUUGAUCUUGUUCAGGUAGAACGCUGCUGCUGCUGCUGCUGUCGAAUCUCAUUUAUCACAGGGGGGACCACACAUUCUUCACGCACACACAUCCUGCUGAAUAUAAAGAUGUAACAUAUGCCACUGAAGCACUGCAGAGUAACUAUGGCAACAUAUAGGGUGCGAUGAGGCAGCAUGUGACUCUCCUGCACGUUGAGAUGACAUAAUAAGCGUAGGUAGGGUCAGCGCCUGCUGUGCUGUCGAAUGAGAGGGGCGGAUACUCUGACGGAAAUAACCUGAUUCUUAAACAUUUAUCAGAUUAUUACUUUACAUUCCACGGCUGCUCACAAAGACUUAUGUAACAUAACCUUAUGUAAACCUGAUGUCAAUGAGCCUGCCUGUUUAUGUUGGGUGUCUUUAUGCAAAACAGUGAAGAUGCAGAGAAGACAGAAAUGAUGUUACUGAGCGCGUUGGUCAGGUGAUGUUAAGGAGCCUCUAUGGAGCUGAUUACAUAGAGAGCUGUUUGCUUAUUUUAAUCAGAGGUAUUGCUUUGGAGGCCGUUUUAUUUUUACUAAUUGAAGUUUAAUAAUUAUUCUUCUGUUCACUAUCAUAAUCAAACAACAUGCAUAUCUGCUGUUUAUGCUUAAAGGCUUAAACAAUCUCAGAAACAUACUCAUACGUGGAGCUGUAAUCCUAAUAUCAGAGAGGAUGCAUGUAAAUAUGACAAAGUGGCAUCAACUCAACACACAUGGUGCUUUUCGACCAAGUGUUCCAGGGUCUUUUAGCCCCCAGAACUACUUUUCCCAGAACUAAAAGGUUCCUGUGCCCCCAUUGUUGUUUGCUUUUCGACCGCGAGCUGAAGUCCUGGGUAGAUUGUGCAAAUCAGUCCAGUGACGUAUGGAGGUAAAAAAUUAUAUUAAAUAAUAUUUUGAAAUCUUAAUAAAAAACUAAACUAGUUUGCAUUCCCAGGAACUCCCUCUGUGUUUCAACAACUGUGUAAACUUCACAAACACUUACAUUCAACUGAAAGUCCCAGGACCUUUGAAAAGUAUACCCCCCAAGCAGGGGCUUUUCAGGGGGGAGAUUAUCUACCCCUGAACUAAAUUUAUCUACCCCUGAACUAAAUUUAGACCCUGGUUCCUGCAGUUGAAACGCAUGUAGUUCAGGGGUAAAGUCCCUAGUUCCUGCGGUGGAAAAAUGCCUACAGUUUGUCGUGGGAAUGUUGACAUCAGUGUCCAUGUCUUGCCCACCAAAGGUUCCCGUCAGCUCAGGGUUCAAGUCCAGGUUCUAGCCGCCUGAACUCUGUCGGCACACUGACAUCAACGCCCGUGUUUCCAUAUCAUCUCCCACAAACGCCAUACUGCCGAGAAAGCUUUAAACAGCACUUUAAAUAAAAAAAGACACAAGUGAAGACAAGUUUGCUUAAAAAAAUCUGCAUUUCUCAGCUUCUUUCUGUGUCCUCAACGUUAGCUUCUAUAAUAAACAAUCACACUAAACUGAUUCCAGCCACUACAUGAACCUGCUUCUUAAAGGGAUAGCUGCCUCUAGCUGCACUGUAUACAUUUUAAAGCCUUGCCUACCUUUUAUUUGUGCAUGAAUGAAACUACGAGUUAAAGUAAGAUGACGGUGUGAGUUACAGUUGUACACAUUUCUCAUGUUUGCAUUAUGCAGUCUGUGUUCCUGGAUGAUUGUUGCUUUUGUCAAAGUCCAGAAAACUCUAAAAGAUUAUCAGCACCGUGGACAAAGGAUGCUUUUUGUCUGUCGUGUUGUGUACGGUCAGCUUUGUGCAAUGCCUUACUGCAAAAAGAAUUAACAGUUCUAUAUCUCUGCUGUUCAGAUAUCUGUAAAAGUAUAUUAAUGUUUAAAAAAUCUAAUGUUUUUUUAUGAUUUCAAGCCAUUAAAGGUUACAGCACAAAA